AUGUUCAACGAUAGUCAAGCUGCAGGUGAACCCAUAGCGAUAGUAGGGAGUGCUUGUCGAUUUCCUGGUGGUGCAACGUCACCCUCUAAACUCUGGGAUUUACUGGAGAACCCACACGAUGUCUUAUCCGAGAUACCCAACAGUCGAUUCAAUGCAGAUGCCUUCUAUCAUCCGGAUAGCUCUCACCAUGGAACGAGCAAUGUCCGCCACUCUUACAUCCUGUCUGAAGAUCCUAGACUCUUCGAUGCCCAAUUCUUUGGGACGAAGCCAGUGGAAGCGAACUCAAUUGACCCCCAACAACGGUUACUCUUGGAGACAGUAUAUGAAGGCCUUGAAUCAGCUGGCAUCCCAAUAGAGAAGUUACAAGGCUCCGACACUGGUGUUUAUGUGGGACUGAUGACAAACGACUAUGCAGACCUGUUGGGUCGUGAUAUUCAGAAUUUCCCCACCUAUUUCGCAUCAGGAACAGCUCGAAGUAUCUUAUCCAACCGUGUCUCGUAUUUCUUCAACUGGCAUGGUCCGUCGAUGACCAUCGAUACCGCUUGCUCUUCCAGUCUGGUUGCAGUUCACCAAGGAGUUCAGAGUCUACGGAAUGGUGAAAGUAAGGUCGCGGUAGUAGCAGGAACAAAUCUUCUCCUGGGACCAGAGCAAUAUGUCGCUGAGAGUAAAUUGAAAAUGCUCUCCCCCACAGGACGCUCUCGUAUGUGGGAUAAAGAUGCGGAUGGCUAUGCUCGUGGAGAUGGAAUUGCAGUUGCCAUCCUCAAGCCCUUGAGUGCAGCAUUGGCCGACGGUGACCACAUUGAAUGUCUCAUCCGUGAAACCGGAAUCAAUCAAGAUGGUCGUACGAAGGGAAUCACGAUGCCCAAUCCAAUUGCUCAAGCGGACUUAAUUCGCAAAACCUAUGCGAGGGCAGGUCUUGACUUGUCCAAUGAAUGUGAUCGACCUCAAUACUUCGAGGCCCAUGGAACAGGAACACCCGCUGGAGAUCCAGUCGAAGCCGAGGCAAUCAGCAAGGCCUUCUUUGGCAACCACGCGAGAUACCACCGAAAGGCUAGUGAGGAGGCCCCUUUAUACGUGGGAUCUAUCAAGACGGUAAUCGGCCACACAGAAGGUACUGCAGGACUGGCUGCCGUUCUCAAAGCUUCACUCGCCUUACAGCAUGGUGUGAUCCCUCCAAAUCUGCUGUUGAACGAAUUGAACCCGGCCGUGAGGCCAUUCUAUAACGAUCUCCAGAUUCUAAAGCAUGCCAAGCAAUGGCCGAGGACUGGAGAUCGAACAACACGCCGUGCCAGUGUGAAUAGCUUUGGUUUUGGAGGUGCUAACGCCCAUGCAAUCUUGGAGUCAUUCGAGACUCUGGAGGAUACUGUGACAUUGGGUUCCACCGUUCCUUCCUUGACCCCAUUCAACUUUUCAGCCUCAUCUGAAAGAUCACUUUCUGCGAACUUAGAGACAUACUCGGAAUAUGUCAGCAAUAAUCCUGAAAUCGACUUGCGCGAUCUAGCUUGGACGUUAAACUGUCGUCGGUCCACUCUCCCUGUUCGGGUAUCGAUUUCCGCAUCAGAUUCAUCUGACCUUGCUGCUAAAUUGAAAGCGAUGACACAAUCACCAUCUGAGUUUACACCAAGCUCAAAAUCAUCAAGCAUUAAACAGCCGAAGUAUCUUGGCAUAUUUACUGGCCAGGGUGCUCAAUGGGCAGGUAUGGGGUCGGAGUUGCUCAGAGGGUCGUCGCUAGCGAGUGAUUGUAUCGCAAGUCUCGACUCCGCUCUUCAAGGACUCCCACUUGAGCAUCGACCACAAUGGACGUUGAAGGAAGAGAUAUUGAAAGAUGCUAGCUCGUCUCGUAUCGGUCAAGCCCUUUUCUCUCAAACUCUCUGCACGGCCAUUCAAAUCAUGCUCGUUGAUCUUCUCCGCGCAGCUGGCAUCAUAUUCACCGCUGUGGUAGGACACUCGUCGGGAGAGAUCUCCGCUGCAUAUGCAGCCGGAUAUUUGUCUGCAGACGAUGCCAUAAAAAUCGCUUAUUAUCGUGGGUGGUCCUUGCAGUAUUCAAGUGACUCCACAGGUAAUAAGGGAGCAAUGAUGGCCGUGGGAACAUCCCUUGAAGAUGCGCAAGAACUCUGUAGAAUGCCCACUCUUGACGGACGAAUCUGUGUUGCAGCUAGUAACUCUUCUGCCAGCGUAACAGUCUCUGGUGACGCUGACGCCAUCGACGAGAUGAAAGAGGUCCUUGAGGAUGAGAAGAAGUUUGCGCGUUUGCUCAAGGUUGACAAGGCCUAUCACUCUCAUCAUAUGUUGCCUUGUGCCACUCCAUAUAUUGAAGCUGUCCAAAGGUCCAGGGUCAGUAUUCGCGAUCGUUCUCAUGCCUCCACCACAUGGAUCUCUAGUGUAUACGGGAAAGACAUCGACAGUGUCAACGACAGCCUUGCAGAUACAUACUGGAGUAACAAUAUGAUCAACCCUGUUCUCUUCUCUCAGGCAGUCAGCUUCGCUGUAGGUGCCCUCGGACCAUUCGAUAUGGCUAUCGAGGUUGGUCCUCAUCCGGCGCUGAAGGGCCCUGCUCUGCAGACGAUCCAGGAGGUGUCUGGUAACGAACUUCCGUACUCGGGAACCUGCGCCCGUGGCAAAGAUAGCACUCAGGCAUUUUCCUCUGCCCUUGGAGCGGUCUGGACAUACCUAGGUGAGCAUGCGGUUGACUUUUCAAGAUUGGACGAUGCUUUGUUCCCAAGAGGGCGACGAGCAAGACUUUUGAAGGGCCUUCCGGCAUAUUCAUGGGACCAUGAUCGCAUAUACUGGCAUGAAUCCCGAAUCUCCACGGCUUUCCGGGACGGUAAUCAGAAGUUCCAUCCACUCUUAGGUGUCAAGUGCCCAGAUGGUACUCAAAAAGGGAUUCGCUGGAGAAACUAUCUUAAUACUCGCGAAAUCCCUUGGCUCGUUCACCACCAGGUUCAAGGACAAAUGGUUUUCCCUGCAGCGGGGUACAUCUCUGCAGCAGUGGAGCUCUUACUUGAGCAAUUCGGCGGUGAUUCCAUUCGCUUGGUCGAGUUCCGAGAUGUCAUUAUUGGCCAAGCGCUUGUUCUGGAAGAGAAUACUGGGGUUGAGGUAGUAUAUUCUCUGAAUAUCUCUGAUUCAUCAAAGACUGCCGCGAGGAUGUCUUUCAAUUGCUACUCCGAUGCAAACAAAGGCUCCUCAGAGAUGUCCUUGCACGCUUCUGCCCAAAUACAAGUUGAGCUGGGUGAUCCAGAUCUUGAAAACCUCCCACCAGGCAGUCAAUCCCGCGGUUCUUUCCUCGAAGUCGAAACCGACCGUUUCUAUGAUUUUGUCUCACAACUUGGAUUUGGAUACACCGGUCCAUUCCAAGCACUGUCAGACUUGAAGCGACGAAUGGAUGAGGCUACCGGUAUGAUCGCGGUCCCGAGGGUGGAAACUUCCGAUAGUCCACUGUUGGUUCAUCCAGGGUCGCUCGAUGCUGCCAUUCAAGCCAUCAUGCUUGCCUAUUCUUUCCCAGGAGAUGGUCGUCUACGAAGUCUCUAUCUACCCACAAAGAUUGACAGCAUUCGCAUCAACCUGAAUACAUGCAUGCAGCUUGCGAAACCUGGAUCAAAACUCCCAUUCCAUGCAUCAGUGGCCAACUCUAGGUUUUCUGAGUUGUCUGGAGAUGUGGACCUCUAUUCAUCAGAUGGAAAGUACACAGUUGUGCAACUUCAAGGGCUUCAUACAACACCUCUCGUUCCACUGACAUCUGCUACUGAUAUUCCCAUGUUCACAGAGAUGCAAUGGGCCCCUGAACAAGCUGCUGAAUGCGAAUUCGACACCCCUUCGCUGACGAGUGAUCAUAAAGACCUCUCCUUUGAAAUGGAAAGGGUUGCUCACUUCUAUUUGAAGAAACUCCAUCUGUCUAUGAGUGAUUCUAAUGUCCUGGACCUUGCGUCAAAUCAUGCCCAUCUAUUGGCAUACUCCAAACGUUGCAUUUCAAAAGUGAAUUCCGGCAAUCAUCCUUAUGGCCGGCUGGAAUGGAGUCAUGAUACUGCCUCGGAUAUUUUAGAGAUUGUUGAGAGCAGGUACCCUCAGGCAGUUGACAUGAAACUCAUGCAAGUUAUUGGUGAUAACCUUCCAUCUAUCGUUCGCGGAGAAACCAACUUGUUGGAACUUCUGAUGAAAGACAACCUCAUGAAUCGCUUCUACGCUGAAACAUUAGGCAUUCAGCCUUAUCUCAACCGUGUCGCUCAGAUAGCUGCGCAAAUCAGCAAUCGUUUCCCCCAAAUCAAUGUGCUGGAGAUCGGUGCUGGCGCCGGUGAAACCACCCAUUAUAUGCUUGAUGGAAUGCAGUCUGCCUUUGCUUCUUAUACCUACACAGACUUCUGGGACACCCAUUUCGACCAAGCCCAGGAAAGGUUCCAGGAACACCAAUCAAGAAUGGCCUACAAGGUGCUUGAUAUCGAAAAGGAUGUCCUGGAGCAAGGCUUUUCGGAAGAGUCAUUCGACUUGGUGAUUGCCUCCCUCGCACUCUACGCAACAACCAAUCUCGAAGCUACACUUUCAAAUGUUCGUCGCCUGAUCAAGCCAGGCGGAUACCUCAUCCUCCUGGAAUUGACGAACCCUGAUGUAAUGCGAUUUGGUCUCGUCUUGGGUAGCUUGCCGGCCUGGUGGAUGGGUUACUCUGAAGGGCGAACUUUGUCGCCUUGCAUAUCUACGGCAGAGUGGAGCGCGUUAAUGAAGAGAACGGGAUUCUCCGGGACCGAGCUGUUGAUGUCUUCUGACUCAAACCUCCCAAUCCCAUUCUCCGUGAUGUUGACGCAAGCCGUUGAUCCGCGCAUGGAAUUCUUGCGCAACCCUCUCUCUCCCUCGCAUGAGGCCUUGGGGGCUGAGUCAUUGACCAUAAUCGGCGGAAAUAGCUCUUUAACCACAUCUUUGGCCUUCAACAUCAAGGAGGCAGUCUACCAACAUUAUAGCAGUGUCAGGCUCUACUGCACAUUUGACGAUAUCUCCCUGGAGGACCUUCCAGUCAUGGGGUCCGUACUAUGUUUGUCCGAGCUCGACGAAAAUUUGCUAGUUUCCAUGACCCCUUCAAAGCUGGCAGCUUUCCAAGAAUUAUUCAAGAAGAGCAAGAACAUUUUGUGGGUGGGGCAUGGUGCUCAAGGUGAAAAUCCCUACGCCAACAUGAUCACCGGAAUACAGCGCACCUUGCAUGUUGAGAUGCCUCACUUGCGUGUGCAGUUCAUGAAUUUACAAUCGCUCAACGAUGCAGAGCCUCAGGUCAUUGCGCAGAAAGUUCUCCAGCUGGAGGCUUCGGGAAUUUGGGAGCAAAGGGGUCAGAUUCAGGAGCUCCUGUGGUACACAGAGCCUCAAAUCUCACUUCAUAACGGGAAGGUCUUCAUUCUUCGACUCAAGCUCCACAGUGACAGAAAUGACAGAUACAACUCUUCCAAGCGACUCAUUGUGAAAAAUGUUGAUAGGGAGAUUGGGGUGUCAGUCCGGAGAUUCGAUGAUGAAUACCAUGUCCUGAAAGGACAACCAUCUGCUCUGGAAUUCUUCGGAGAUCAAGUUCGAAUUCACGUUAUCUACUCUACUCUCCGGGCUGUGAAGAUCUCCGAUACAGAUCAACUCUUUUUGGUUGCUGGAACGGAAUUCAAAACGAGUCGCAACGUUGUCGCCUUCUCUCGGACUCUCGAUUCAUGCGUAGACGUACCUUCAUCUUGGAUGAUAAGCUACGAACCUGGGACUGAAACACUUCCCCUGCUGCUCAGCCUAUAUACAAAUCUCCUAAUCCAAGCAAUUUUCGAUAAUGUGAGACCGGGCACUUGUGUCGGGGUUUUAGAGCCUGACUUUUCCAUGGCCUCAUCGAUCACUCAAUAUGCAGCCCAACGUGGUAUGCAGGUCGUCCUCUUGACAACCCAGAACCGUCUUUGCUGUUCACCCUGGAUUUACAUGCAUCAGAACUCCACAAGUCGUGAGAUCACGAAGCAGGUGCCACAGAAUAUAGUUACCCUCGUCAAUCUGGGUGGAGGUGAACGUAUUGUGUCUGUCCUGCGAAAGGCCUUGCCAUCUCAUUGCAAUUUCGAAACCGAGUCCAGUCUCACAUCAGAAGCUACACGAGACUUUUUACGGUUCCCCAUUGAUGAGACUCUGCUUGUUUCGCGAUUGAAAGCUGCAUGGGCAAACGUCCAGAACGAUACCAGUCCUCUUAACAUGAACAGAGUGUCCACCUCUAGUCUUAGAGACCUCAUAAAGGCCCAGCCAGAGCCAGAAAAGCAGGCCAUCAUAAAGUGGGAAGAGGAACUCCCGUUGCAGGUCCUCCCAGCAACAAAGACGGUGAAAUUUGCCAACAACAAAACCUACUGGCUUGUAGGUCUUACUGGAGGUCUCGGACUUUCUCUAUGUCAGUGGAUGGCGAGCCAGGGUGCCCGCUACAUUGCUUUGUCUAGUCGGAAUCCUAAGCUCGAUGAGAACUGGAUUCUUGAAAUGGCUGCAAUUGGAUGCACAGUCCGUAUCUUUGCAAACGAUAUCACCGACCGUGAAUCUGUCCGAAAGACAUAUGACAGAAUCAUUGCCUCAAUGCCAGCCAUUGGCGGUGUUGCACAAGGAGCAAUGGUGCUUCAAGACACAAUGUUCCUUGACCUCGAUCUUGCUCGCCUAGAUAAGGUAUUUCGGCCCAAGAUCCAGGGAAGUAUUCUGCUCGAUGAACUCUUCUCCGAGGACACUUUGGACUUCAUGAUAUUCUUUUCUUCCAUGGCUGCAGUUACCGGAAACCCAGGACAGGUUGCCUAUAAUGCUGCUAACAUGUUCAUGAACAGCCUGGCAGCCCAGCGACGGAGUCGAGGAUUGGCUGGGUAUGCGAUUAACAUUGGAGCGAUCGUUGGAAACGGCUAUGUGACCCGCGAGCUCAAUAUGGAUCAGCAAAAUUACUUAUACCGAGUGGGUCAUUCAUGGAUGUCUGAGCAAGAUUUCCGCGAGGUGUUUGCAGAGGGAGUUCUCUCAUGUAGAGAAAGAACUGGAAGCUCCUCUGAAUUGUGCAGCUCACUGAGAAUUGACGAUGACGAGUCGAAGAAUUGGGUAGCAAACCCCAUAUUCCAGCAUUUGGUGACCAAGUCCAAUAGCUUCAUUACAUCUGGUAAAAAGAACAAGGCUGGAGUGAUGCUGAAGAUUCAACUGCUUGAGGCGUCAUCUAGCGACGAGGUCAUGGAAAUUGUUCAAAGUGGUUUCCUGGUCAAACUGAGCUCAGCACUUCAAGCCGAUCCCGAUAAGAUUGUCAUCGACCUAAGUCUGGAUGAGUAUGGAGUUGACUCCUUGAAUGCCGUUGAGCUUCGAUCUUGGUUCCUGAAGGAGAUUGGUGUGGAUAUGCCAGUCCUGAAAAUUUUGAAUGCGGCAUCGAUCAAGGAGCUGCUUGAAUUUGCUCUCACACUCAUUCCGGAGGCAUUGAUCCCUAAUGUUGGCACGGCCCCGGCCCCUGCGGAUGCACCACCAAAUGCGACCCUGGAUAUUGUUGAUCCUUUGUCUCAAAAAGUCACACCAAGAUCCGAUUUCUCGAAAUCAACCUCCAUGUCCGGGUCCAGUGACGAGUCUAAAGAGUUUAAUCUGGGUUAUUUCCCAUCUCAUGAGAGUACCGUUAAUAGCUCUGCUGCGUCAACCAAGGCCGAUUCCAGCUCAGAGCAACAAGAUGAAGCAUCUUCUUCAGCUAGCUCUGUCGACGACAGUCUGGAUGUGACUAUGGUCGAGAAACGGGAAGUCCAACGAACCAUCCCCAUGUCGUACGGGCAAUCUCGCUUCUAUUUUCUGAAGUCUUUUGUUGAAGAUAAAACUGCAUUCAAUGUUACUCCUGUGUUUGAAGUCAGCGGAAAGCUUCGCGUUGAGGACUUUGCACGGGCUGUUGAACUAGUUGGGCAGCGGCAUGAAGCUCUAAGGACAUUCUUCUUCACCAAUCUGGAGAAGCAGCCCAUGCAGGGUAUCUUGACAAAGUCCAACGUGAGGCUGGAGCGCGCCUUGAUCAAUGACGAGAGUGAAGUUGAGGUUGCCAAGGAGCGGAUGAAAUCGCACAUUUUCAAUAUCGCUGAUGGGGAGAUCCUGCGCAUACAACUCCUCUCACUCCGAAGUGAUAAGCAUUGGCUGGUCAUUGGUUUUGAUCACAUCAAUAUGGAUGGUCUCAGUUUCGAAGUUUUCUGGUCUGAGUUAGAGCGGGUAUAUAACGGUGCCGCUCUUUCGCAAGAUAUGCUCCAAUACCCGGACUUUACCCUGAGACAGCGACGUGAAUAUGAAAGCGGUGCCUGGGAGGAGAACCUGAGCUAUUGGCGAUCGGAAUUCAAAGAUAUUCCACCGGUCGCGCCUUUACUUCCAUUCUCCAAACACUCAGUUCGGCCACAGAGCACAGGAUUCGGUUCCCACGAAGCCCACAUGCGACUCGACAAAGAAUUGUCAGACAAGAUUAAAGCAUGUGCUGCAAGCUUCAAGGUCACACCUUACCAUUUCCAUCUCGCAAUUUGGCAGAUCUUCCUUCUACGUCUCUUCGACAUUGAUGACAUUUGCAUUGGUCUUGGUGACGGGAAUCGCACGGACCCCGAUGUCAAGGAAAGUAUCGGGUUAUUCCUCAAUCUCGUACCUAUUCGAUUCCGUCCCAAGUCAUCUCAAUCGUUUGGCGAGGCAUUGAAAGACACACGAUUGACUUCGCAGAGCGCGUUUGCUCAUGGGCAUGUGCCACUGAGCAUCAUACUAUCUGAGCUAGAUGUUCCUCGAUCUACGUCUCAUAGUCCACUGUUCCAGGUAUCUUUCAAUUAUCGACCUGGCAUUGCAGACUCGCGCAAGUUUUGUGGAUGCACUGCCAAAGGCUCUCUCUUUACAGCUGGUGGUAUCUCCUACGAUCUUCAUCUCGAUGUCGUUGACGUCGGAGGAGGAGAAACUUCGCUUUAUAUGGUGGUACAGGAGAAUUUGUACAAGGAAGAACACGCAGACCUUCUUCUACGCGGCUUUCACAAUCUUCUUCAAGCUUUCUUACAAAAUCCUGCCGUGAGAGUGCCUUGGCCCUCUUUGUUCUCACAAGAUGAUAUCCAAAAAGCCUUAAAUGCUGGGAGAGGUCCCGAGAUCCAGAAUCCGUGGCCCGCAACGUUGGUGCAUCGGGUGGAACAUGUUUCCACCAGCUUUCCGAAUCGUGUCGCCCUUAAGGAGCCGAAAGGAGUUGAGCUCACGUACUCACAACUGGCAUGUCGCAUCCGUGCGAUCGUGAAUGAGCUUGUUAAGAAAGGUGUUCAGCCAGGAGGUAUUGUCGGUGUCUUCCAGUCGCCCGGUGCUGAUUGGAUAUGUUCAAUGAUGGCAGUCUGGUACAUUGGAGGAACAUAUGUGCCGUUGGACAAAAAGGCUGGCAUGGACAGACUAGCAGCCAUUACCUCGACAACCUCCUUCGCUGCUAUUAUUACCGACCAGACCACUACCUGCGACCUGAAUCAACUCGGCGUUUCAGCUGAAGCACUCAAUGUCUCCAAUAUUCCAACUCAGGUGUGUGAUAAUGUCACCAAUCUGGCUACCGAGACACAAGUUGCCGUGAUAAUGUAUACAAGCGGUUCAACUGGCGUCCCGAAGGGUAUAAUGAUCAGACACGCCGAAUACUCGGACCAGAUUUACGCCUUCAAUCACGCAGUUGGGAUCCAAGAAGCCACAGAAACAAUACUGCAUCAGUCGUCCUACACCUGGGACAUGUCCAUUUUCCAAAUUCUGAUUUCUCUGGCCAGCGCAAGUACCUUGGUCAUUGCAGAUGCUGAACACCGGCUUGAUCCAGCGGACCUCACAUCUCUCAUUCAAUCGGAGAAAGUCACAACCACAAUCGCAACACCAACGGAGUAUCUUUCAUGGUUCCGCCACGGGCGUCUCCAAUUGGAAUCCUCCACUUGGACAUCGGCCAUUUCAGGUGGCGAAAUGCUCUCAGAUGGCUUGAUACAAGAAUUUCAAUCUCUUGGAAAAGCAGCACUAAGGCUGAUAAACGCCUAUGGUCCAGCUGAAGCAACUAUGGCCUGUAGUGCCGCUGAAGUUUCUUAUAUGUCGGUCACUUCUUCACCAGAAGGACUUCACACAUUGCCAAAUAACUCCGUCUACAUUGUCGAUGAAAAUCUUGAACCAGUUCCCAUUGGCAUUCCUGGUGAGCUGAUAAUUGGGGGUGCGGGAAUCGCGAAGGGUUAUCUUGAUACUGAGAAGACGAAGGAGCGGUUUGGGGUCGAUCAGCACGCAAGUCCUUUCUUUCAAAGUAAAGGAUGGACGAUGAUUCAUCGAUCUGGGGAUCGAGCUCGCCUGACUCAGGAUGGUGGACUUGUGCUUAUGGGUCGCAUCGGUGGUGACACGCAAGUCAAAAUAAACGGUAUUCGCAUUAAUGUUGAGGAAAUUGAGUCAGCAAUCAUAAAGUCUUCCGAAGGAAAGGUCUUACAAGCUGUUGUGUCUCUCCGCUCAUCCCCCGAAGACGAUACCCGGAAGUUCAUCGUUGCGUUCGUUGUGCUCAAUGACACCUGUUCAGAUGAAAGUCAAGAGCAGUUCCUGACCCAACUUCACACCCAUUUGCCACUUCCAAAAUACAUGCUGCCAGCCGCAAUUAUCCCAAUUGAUUCCAUCCCUCAGAACACUUCCGGGAAGGUGGACAGAUUCGCUGUUAGUGACUUCUCAAUUCCCCGGCUCCCUUCCACCGAUGAAUUUGUGGAAAGCAUUGGUCCCCUUGAAGAUACGCUGCGUCAGAUUUGGCAAGAAACUAUUCCUCGUGAUAUUGCCUCGUACCAUUCAAUUCACUCUCAAUCCGAAUACUUCCAUUCUGGUGGAAGUUCUCUCUCCCUAGUGAACCUGCAAUCCUUAGUGAAAGAGCGUCUUGGGGUAUCAGUCACAUUACCUCAGCUGUUCGAGGCAAGCACAUUACAAGGAAUGGCAUCUCUCAUUACCAAUGUGUCUCCGGAUGAUUAUGGAGCCUCUAUUGACUGGGAUGAGGAAAUUGAAAGCCUGCUAGCUUCAUCUCAAAGUAAAUCACUUUGGAGCAACACUCACAACAAGCCUUCCGGGGCGGCUGUGGUUGUCCUAACAGGCGCAACGGGUUUCAUAGGCAAGGAGGUUCUACAGAAUAUUCUUGAUGAUGAUCUUGUUCAGGCUGUGCAUUGUGUUGCUGUUCGCAAACCUCGAACCCAACUACCAGAGAUCUUCUCACAUCCGAAGGUUCAUGUAUAUGAAGGAAAUCUAGGUUCUCCUCAACUGGGACUCUCAAAUCAUGAUGCAGCCUCAAUAUUCAGCCAGACGGAUGUCAUUAUUCACAAUGGCGCAGAUGUCUCCUUCAUGAAGACCUACCAAUCUCUCAAGUUGACGAAUGUCGCUUCUACAAAGGAGCUUGUCAGGCUUGCUUUACCACGGCGCAUCCCAUUCCACUUCAUUUCCUCUGCAAGUGUUACCCGACUUGCAUCCCAAGAGAGCUUUGGGGAAACAUCGUUAGCGGACUUCCCCCCCUCCUCAGGUUCCCGACGAUGGGUACAUGGCAGCCAAGUGGAACGCGCUGGCCAGCGGUUUGGUCUUCCGGUCUGGAUUCACCGACCUUCAAGUGUUCAGGGCAACAAUGCGCCCGAGCUUGACCUGAUGAGUAAUGUCAUGCGAUACUGCCAGGACACGAAGAAAAUCCCAGACACGUCAUCAUGGCCUGGAGGAUUUGAUUUGAUUACUGUGGAGUCUGUGGCAUCGCAGAUCCUGGAGGCAGUACAUCUGUCCGGUUCAACAGAAGGAAAUAACGCUGUGCACUUCCGCUAUGAGUCUGGAGAGAUUGAGCUGGGGCAAGAAGAGGUCAAAGAAUUAAUGGAAUCAGGGACGGGAGAGGAAUUCGAACUGGUCACAGUUUCCGAGUGGGUGGAUCUGGCCGAGAAAGCAGGAAUGAGCCCCUUGCUUGGAAUGUAUUUGCGCAAGGCUAAAGAUGGACAAGUUUUGCUUCCUAGAUUGAUUAAAGGCUCGAGAUAA